AACUGCGUUAUCCAAGCAACGUUAAUAAGUUAAGCUUCUUUUCUAAGAGAAGUGGAUUUACAUUUUCAUUUUGUUUCACAAUUGUAUUUAACUUUCUUGACACUUGUUGGGAUUAGAAUGACUACUCUGGUAUGGAUAGCAUUCCUACUCAUGGAAAUUGUAGGCCUAUUCAAAGUUUUAGGCCAGUCGGCAUGUGGAAACAUCACUUCAACGGCUGUCUGCAGGUGCCUGAAGAAUUCAGACGGGACUUGGAAAGUUAAUUGCAGUGGGCUUGGCCUCAGUGUAUUACCUAACGAUAUUCCAGUUAACACUACAUAUCUCUAUGCUGAGCAUAAUAACUUGACAGAGAUAAGCCAUGAUACCUUGCUUCGACUACAGCAUUUAAGAUAUAUAGUACUAGACGCUAACAAGAUGACAACUUUACCUAAGUUUCCAAAAGAGAUAAUUAACAUAUAUGCCAGUUACAACAAUAUCCAAUCCAUUGAUGGAGCUUUUGAUGGCCUAACUUCGCUUUUUCAAGUGGAAAUGAAUCAUGCAAGAGUAAAAGUGAUUAAGAACACAACAUUCAAAGACAAUUUGAAUCUUUAUCGUAUGUAA